CUGUCUUUCUUUUUUCAAAGGUGUUACUUCUAGAUUACAACCUGAGUGGAAUACAAUGACAUUUACCUUUCUGCUCAAAUUAAAGUAUACAUGUAUCAAUUAUUUCUAAUAUUAGCUGGUUUCUCCUUGGAUCAUGUUUACUUUAGGAUCACAGUCUGUGAAACAAGGAGAAGUAGAUAAGUGAGGAACCGGGAAUUAACAUGAGAAAACAGGUUCCCAGCCUGGAUUUAAACUCCUAACAUUGUGAUGGUGAACAGACUUCCAGAAUGAGAUUAAGCCUCAAUCUGCAUUUAAUGGAGCACAUCUGAAGUGGCCUCUACUUGAACUCUGAAAUGUGAGAAUGUCACACAGGGCGACCUAUUUGACAUGUCACCUACUGGUGAGAACUCUGGGGCUUUGAUUGAGUUUUAUCAAUUAGCUUUGUGAGGGAAAAUACUCGGCCUGUGUUCAGAGUGGCCUCACACACAGGAGACCAAGGAGCCGCCUGCUGCUGCUUUAAGACACAAAGAGCUUGUCAUGUGUCAUCUUACGAAACGAAACAGUCAAUAAAAUAUACUGUAAACUACCGACAUAUAGCCAAAAGCAGUACAUCCACCGGCAGAAGAAUUUUAAAGAGUGAAGAGUUUCAUGCAGAAUUAUGCAUGUUAAUACAUUACUGGGUGUGAAGUGUGAAAUUAUGUAAACCUGUAUGUAUUGUUACCAGGAAUUUCAUAAAAUCUAGACUAACCCUGUCAUCAACCCUCUCUGAUGUAAAGUUUAAGCAUCCGACUUCGUUGAUGCAAGAUGUAGGAUGUCAACAAGACAUCCCUGCCUGUAAUAUAUUAUACACAAUGUUGGCUGUUUGUCUUGCUAUUUGUUGAAUGGAACGAUUCUUUGCCCAACUUUUCAUUUAACGCAGCACAGAUUUAAAUUUUGUUGCCAGAAAUAAAAAUCUAUUUACUCACUGUCUUUGCUCGAAUCCCCCACAGUGGAGUUGAAGCGGUAUAUGCAAAUACUCCCAGAGUGAAAAGUAUUUUUGACUAAGCUGGCUAAAUUAACUUUCAGAUGUUUUACCAGACGAAGCAGUUUGUUGUUGUGCAAGUUGCUGAAACAGUAAAUGUGAACUCUCUUUUUUUCUUGCUUAAACAAUGUAUUUAUAAUGAAAUCCGUGUGACCUUAUUUCAAAAGGAGAGAAGUGGCACACGAAGACCUCCGGAGAUGUUCAAAUAGUGUGUGAAAAUUAUAUAUUGAAGAAUACAAUUUGUCUUCUUGUAGGAGGAGUCAGCUCUUAGGGUCAGCAUUUGGUUGAAAUUGAGAGAAAUUAUGAGUGGCCCACCCCUUCACCUCACAACCCCCCUCCCUCCUCCGUCACAUCUCUCUGUUGACUGGCGCUCCGGCAUCAUCCUGGAGACCCCGUCGAGAGGAUCUUUCCUCUCUAUAAAGAGGAAGAUGCAGCUCAGGCGCCUCUGAGGUGAUCGCAAGGAUUUAUUGCGCGCUCCUCUGCCUCCAACUUCCGACGCGCGCCCUCGGCUGCGUCGACACCAAGUGUCCUGGACUGCUGCAGCGCAAUACAGAAUCAAUUACCUCGUGGAUCGAGGGACAUCUGGAGGACGCGGGGAAUUUCCCCAAUCUGCUCUCCCGACGUGCCGGAGAGAUCCGCGACCCGAGGCUGCAGUUGAGACUUUGCGCGUCGUCGCCUCGGCGCAGUUUGGGUUGCAGGUGCGUGGAGAAGGAGCGCGAGGACAGAUGGCUGCGCUGACGAUACAAAGGACUGACAACUUUUUGCACACAUUUUUACAGGACCGGACGCCCAGCUCCUCUCCAGAGGGAGCACCCAACGCCCUCUCCUUCCUGGCCACCACCUGUAGCCAGGCCUGGCAGGUGGGAGGCGCCAUGGGCUCAGAAGGUUCCCAGUUCCCAUACGAGGGCACCGUUAGCUCCACAUCGGGAAUGUUUCAGCUCUGGAGCAACGAAAUGGCACCCAGCACGGCCCUCAGCACGCACCAGAUGACCUUCACGGUGCCAAAGGUGCAGUUCCCUGGACACAUCCAGUCUGGCCUGGGUCACCAUCAUCACCCCCACCACCACCACCACCACCACCACCAUGAGCUGCCUCUCACCCCUCCUGCUGAACCGCCCUCAUCUUACUCCUUCGAACUGUCCCCUGUGAAGGUCUUGUCCUCGCAGCCACAGGCCAGCGGCCCUUAUUACCCUCAGCACAAUAGUGUGGGACAAAACUUCCCCAGCUUCCUUCAGAACUCCUCAGCCCGGCAUCACCUGCCUGGAGGCCAUGUGGAGGAAGGGCAGCAGUGGUGGAGCCUACCCCAAACCAACGCCACCCCCUCCAACCACCCCUUCUCUCUGGGGAGACAGCUUGUUUUAGGCCACCAGCCCCAGAUAGCUGCUCUUCUCCAGGGCACCUCCAAGGGGCUGCUGAGCUCCACACGCCGCUGCCGACGCUGUAAAUGCCCAAACUGCCAGGCGAACGGUGGGGGGUUGGAGUUCGGAAAGAAGAGACUGCACAUCUGCCACAUCCCGGAGUGUGGCAAAGUGUACAAGAAGACCUCUCACCUAAAGGCCCAUCUGCGCUGGCAUGCCGGGGAAAGGCCCUUCAUCUGUAACUGGCUCUUCUGCGGCAAAAGCUUCACCCGUUCGGACGAGCUGCAGCGGCACCUCCGCACACACACGGGGGAGAAGCGCUUUGGGUGCCAGCAGUGCGGCAAGAGGUUCAUGAGGAGUGACCACCUCUCCAAACACGUCAAGACCCACCAGACCAGGAAGAGCCGGUCUGGGCAGCCUUCACAGAGCACGGACCCUCUGCUCACCAAUAUCAAGAGAGAGUAAUCUCCAUGGCCCCUCAUUUUAAAAUAAGAAUCAAUGAACAGACUAAGUGACUUACACCUGCUGCCAUAGGUUUGCACUAGAAAGGGUAAGCAUCAAGCUGCCUGAUCAUCUUCUGUUGUCAAAACCCCAUUUUGGACUUCAAGUAGUACCACGGAAAUAUAUUUAGUGAGCAUUAUAAUUAGAGUAAUUGUGUUUGGUUUGAGGCAAGCCACCAUUUAAGACCACUUGAAAUCUUUUUUUUUUUCGGUGACGUUGUGAGUGUUUUUGGUGCAAUUAUUGUACUUUUCAUGAUGCCACACAAACAGAUUUCAUUGCAACAACACGGACAUUAUGCCUUUAACCAUUUAAAUUUCAACUGAUGUGAAAAAUCAAACUUCAUGAUGUACAUAUUUCAUCUACGUAAAGGAUGUAGCAGACUCUCCAUAAUAUUCCAUUUUUCCCAUAUUACCGUGUUCAAAAUGAAUGACUGCCUUAGUACAGCGAGAAGUUGCUGUAUAAAAAAUGAUUGUCUCUGCACUGAACAAGUUCAGAAGGGAGAACUGACUGCGUUGUUGUUGAUAAUUGGCUUUUUAUUCCAAACAAUAUCCUAAUUUGUCUUCUUCAAGGUGAAGAUCUUUGUGAAAUGUUGCCACGAGUCUUUCAUCUACAGAUCUUGUCUGCUCUUAAGCAGCAACACAAAGUACCGUUGCUCCAGAUUAGCAAACAUUAAACAUUUUAAAGUUCUGUGUAAAUUAUGUAUAAAUAUCAUUAACAAUUUUAUCGGGGUUAUGGCCGCAUGUAAAUUUUAAUAAACACUGUCCUUGCUGAAACAA